UGCUAAACAACGCCGCGCUUUGACCUACGUGGGCGGGGUCAGAGUCGCGUUUGAGCUACUUCUCCCCCAGCGCCGGAAGUGUGUCUGUGUAGAAAGGCUGCUUGGAGGAGGGACGGGAAGUGUUCUCAGGGCGCAGGUUUCGCGGGGAAGCUUUUGCGGCUAGGACACUUCCUGUUUCCUAGUAACAAUAGGAAGUGUCCGCGGAGCUCGGGGUAGACUCCUGGGUCGUGCUAGCUGCGUCCUCUUUCCUCUACCUCCUUCCUUCUCCCGCUUCUCCUUUUCCUUUUUCCCUCUCCUCCCACCUCCCAGGAGCCCUAGCUGAGUGUGCGUGCGUGCGAGCGCGAGAGCCCCCCACAGCCACUCCUUGAGGCGCGCGGCUGCGGUUAGGGUGAGGGUCCCAGUGCGCAGGCGCGCUCCCGUUCGCGGUCCCCAACGGACGCACCCGCGGCGGGAACGAGAAGGGGCCACCCGUAUGAGGUAGGGGUCCUAAGAGCAAAUCGGCCGAGGAGAUGACUGAGGCGAGAGGACCUCAUUGGGAGUUGAUUAGGAGACAGGACUCUUGAGCUAAGGGCUGUGUGAGGCCUUGGCCUCUCCACCAGAGAAAGAUGCUGCUGCCAUCUGCCUGCUCUUCCUGAACCGCCAGGUUUCUGCCACAUUGCCCCAUGGAGGACUUGCCCACCUCACUCAACUGCUCUGACUGUCAGCGCCACUUUCCUAGCCUCCCGGAACUGUCACGGCACCGUGAACUGCUCCAUCCAUCUUCCAGCCAGGACAGUGAGGAGGCUGACAGCAUCCCUCGGCCCUACCGCUGUCAGCAGUGUGGGCGGGGCUACCGUCACCCAGGAAGCCUGGUCAACCAUCGCCGGACUCACGAGACUGGCCUUUUCCCCUGUACCACCUGUGGCAAGGACUUUACCAAUCCCAUGGCCCUCAAGAGCCACAUGAGGACUCAUGCACCUGAGGGCCGCCGCAGACGCAGGCCCCCUCGCCCCAAGGAAGCCCCUGCACACCUCCAGGGGGAGACAGUGUCCCCUGACUCCUGGAGCCAGAGGCUUGGCCCUGGGGAAGGCUGGGAAAACCAGAAAAAACGUACUGAAGAGACAUCUGGUUGUGAGUCUGGGCCUGAUCCCAGGGCAGCUCUGGGCACUUGGGAAGAUCCACCCACCAGACAAAGAGAAGGCUGGGAAAGCCAGCCAGAUCCUGAGGAGGGUGCAGAGGGCUGGGGGCCCACCACCAACUCUGCCAGAGCCCCACCUCUCCCCACCCCAGCCAGCAGCCUCCUGAGCAAUUUGGAACAGUAUUUGGCUGAAUCAGUAGUGAAUUUCACUGGGGGCCAGGAGCCUACCCAGUCCCCUCCUGCUGAGGAGGAACGUCGGUACAAGUGCAGUCAGUGUGGCAAGACCUACAAGCAUGCUGGGAGCCUCACCAACCACCGCCAGAGCCACACCCUGGGCGUCUACCCUUGUGCCGUCUGCUUCAAGGAGUUCUCUAACCUCAUGGCUCUGAAGAACCACUCCCGACUCCAUGCCCAGUAUCGGCCUUACCAAUGCCCCCACUGCCCCCGCGCCUUCCGGCUCCCCCGAGAGCUGCUGGAACACCAGCAGUCCCAUGAGGGUGAAAGGCAAGAGCGGCUGUGGGAAGAGAAAGGGAUGCCUACCACCAAUGGGCACACAGACGGGAGCAGCCAGGACCAACUCCCUAGUACACAGAUGCUGAAUGGCUCUGGGAAGCUCAGCACCUCUGGGGAGCUGGAGGACAAUGGCCUGGAGGAGUACCGGCCUUUCCGCUGUGGUGACUGUGGCCGUACUUACCGCCAUGCUGGGAGCCUCAUCAACCAUCGCAAGAGCCACCAGACAGGUGUCUACCCCUGUUCCAUCUGUUCCAAGCAGCUGUUUAAUGCAGCUGCCCUCAAAAACCACGUGCGGGCUCAUCACAGACCCCGGCAAGGAGCUGGGGAGGAUGGGCAACCAUCAGUGCCACUAGCUUCUCUGCCUCUGGCUGGGACCACCUACAAAGAGAAAGAGGUCCCCACCACCACCCUGGACCACCGCCCCUAUAAGUGCAAUGAGUGUGGUCGGGCUUACCGCCAUCGGGGAAGCCUGGUGAACCACCGCCACAGCCAUCGGACAGGAGAGUACCAGUGCUCACUCUGUCCCCGCAAGUAUCCCAACCUUAUGGCCCUGCGUAACCACGUGCGGGUCCAUUGCAAGGCUGCUCGCUGCAGCGCAGGCCCAGGAACUGAGGGUGCCCCCAGCCACCUCAAGGUGGAGCUCCCGCCUGACCCAGUGGGAGCAGAGGGAGCCCCACAUACAGAUCAGGGGCAUGGGUGGAAACGUGAAGAAGAGGCCACUGAUGUCCCCCCAGCAGCAGAUAAGACAGCAGCACAGAUAUGUAGCAAGUGUGGGAUGCUCUUUGAAGACACUGAGAGCCUUGAACAUCAUGUGCGGACCCAUGGGGAAGGGGAAAACAUCAGGACAGAGAUGAGGGUAUCACCACCUCGGGCUUUUGCCUGCCGAGACUGUGGAAAGAGCUAUCGCCACUCAGGCAGCCUUAUCAACCACAGGCAGACCCACCAGACAGGAGACUUCAGUUGUGGGGCCUGUGCCAAGCAUUUCCAUACCAUGGCUGCCAUGAAGAAUCACUUGCGACGCCACAGUCGACGGCGGAGCAGGCGGCACCGGAGGCGGGCUGGUAGUGCUGGUGGUGGGGGAGAAGCCAAACUCCUGUCAGGUGGGAACUGGGCCCAGGAGUUGGUGGGAGACGAUGACGGCCUAGACUGUCCCCAAGACCCUUUAGGGGAAAGUCCUAGUGGAGCUGAAGGCAACGUGGAAAGUGAUGGGGGCUGUUUGCAGGCUGAAGCUGAAAGAGACAAGUGUGGGCUUGAGAGGGAUGAGGCCUGUUUCCAGGGUGAUAGAGAGAGAAGAGGCACUGAGGAAGGACUGGAAAAGCAGGAGGCCUGUUUCCUUGACAACUUGGACAUCCCAGGUGAUGAGGAAAGAAAUGGGACUCGCUUCUGUGAUGGCCUCACUGGGAUGGAUGAAGACCAGAAACCAGCCACCAGCCAGCCCAGCUCCCCUUCCCACUCUUCCGAAGCUGUCACUAGCUGGGAGGCUGGGGUGUCCCACACAUGUUCUGAUUGUGGGCAUUCUUUCCCCCAUGCCACCGGCCUGCUGAGCCACAGGCCCUGCCAUCCACCAGGCAUCUAUCAGUGCUCCCUCUGCCCAAAGGAGUUUGACUCUCUGCCUGCCCUGCGCAGCCACUUCCAGAACCACGGGCCCGGAGAAGCAGCCUCAGCACAGCCUUUCCUCUGCUGCCUCUGCGGCAUGAUCUUCCCCGGGCGGGCUGGCUACCGGCUUCACCAGCGCCAGGCUCAUGACUCUUCUGGCAUGACUGAGGGCUCGGAGGAGGAGGCGGAAGAGGAAGGAGCCGCAGAGGCAUCCACUCGUAGCCCCCCACUGCAACUCUCAGAAGCAGAGCUGUUGAAUCAGCUGCAGCGGGAGGUGGAGGCGCUGGAUGGAGCUGGUUAUGGGCACAUCUGUGGCUGCUGUGGUCAGACCUAUGAUGACCUGGGGAGCCUAGAGCGUCACCACCAAAGUCAGAGUUCUGGGAACACCACAGACAAGGCUCCCAACCACUUGGGAGAGUCAGGUGCUGAUGCCCCGGGAAUGGUUGCAGACAGUGUCUUUGAGGGCACAGUGAUCUCUCUCUCUGGGGAGGAUGGAGACACAAAGUCUGGAGAGGGUGUAGGUGCCACUGUUGCAGACAGCCUUUGCAUGCAGGGUGAGGAAAGUUCUCUGGAAGACCAGCCCCGCCCCUUCCGCUGCAACCAGUGUGGCAAGACCUAUCGCCAUGGGGGCAGUCUGGUGAACCACCGCAAGAUCCACCAGACCGGAGACUUCAUCUGCCCUGUCUGCUCCCGCUGCUACCCCAACCUGGCUGCCUACCGUAAUCAUCUGCGAAACCACCCGCGCUGCAAAGGCUCUGAGCCCCAGGUGGGGCCCAUUGCAGAGGCAGGAGGUAGCAGUGAGCCCCAGAACAUGGCAGAGGAGGGGCUGGGGCAGGCAGAAGUGGGGAAGUUCCAGGAAGAACUUAAAGUGGAGCCCUCGGAGGAGUUGGCGAUGGUGAAAGAAGAGGCAUGGGAGGAGACCACUGUGAAGGGGGAAGAGAUGGAGCCGAGGUUGGAGACUGCAGAGAAGGGCUGCCAGACCGAGGUCAGCUCUGAGCGGCCCUUCAGCUGUGAGGUGUGCGGCCGGUCAUACAAGCACGCUGGCAGCCUCAUCAAUCACCGGCAGAGCCACCAGACUGGCCACUUUGGCUGCCAGGCCUGCUCCAAAGGCUUCUCAAACCUAAUGUCCCUCAAGAACCACCGGCGCAUCCAUGCAGAUCCCCGGCGUUUCCGUUGCAGCGAGUGUGGGAAGGCCUUCCGCCUGCGGAAACAGCUGGCCAGCCACCAGCGGGUCCACAUUGAGCGGGGUGGGGGUGGGGCCACCCGAAAGCUGACUCGGGAAGAUCGGCCCUUCCGGUGUGGGCAGUGUGGACGGACCUACCGCCAUGCUGGUAGCCUCCUAAACCACCGGCGGAGCCAUGAGACAGGCCAGUAUAGCUGUCCCACCUGCCCCAAGACCUACUCCAACCGCAUGGCCCUAAAGGACCACCAGAGACUGCACUCAGAGAGCCGGCGGCGGCGUGCAGGGCGAUCCCGGCGGGCAGCUGUGCGCUGCGCCCUCUGUGGUCGGGCCUUCCCUGGCCGGGGAUCUCUGGAGCGGCACCUGCGAGAGCAUGAGGAGGAGACCAAAAGUGGUGAGGGAGGCCCAAAUGGCACAGAGGGUAGUGAGGGGAACCUGGCUGAUGACCAGGGACUACAGGACAGAUUGGGUGGUACUGAGUCGGUACCCCAGCUGGAGGAUGGAGCCAUGAGGCCAGGGGAGCAGAGUCAGAGCCCCAUGAGGGCAGCAGGUUCAGAAGCCACAGAACCAGUGUCCUGGGGCAUGGGGAAAGCAGGUGGGUGGCAAGGAGCCAGGGGACAGGUGAAUCAUGAUGGAGAUUGGGUUCCUCAGGGUCGUGUACUGACCAAGCCGGAAGACGAGUCAGGGGACAGUGUCUCCCGGGGUCCUUACCCCCUUGGCAACAGCCAGCCCAAUGGACCUAGUCUGAGUCAUGUGGAUAGCUGGGACAAUGGAGACAGCAGACCUCAGCUCCAAUCAGAGAUCCAUCCCUUUUCCUGUAGCCGUUGUGGCAAGACCUGCCAAUCGGAAGGUCCCUUGAACCACCACAACACCCACAAGACAGACCACCACUAUUGCCUGCUCUGCUCCAAGGAUUUCUUGAAUCCUGUGGCCACCAAGAACCACAGCCGCAACCACAUAGCUGCCCAGACCUUUGCCUGCCCUGACUGUGGCAAGGCCUUUCAGUCCCACCAUGAACUAACCAGCCACCUACAGACUCAUGCCAGAGGCCUCAGACAGGUGCCACCCCAGAUAGAGGAGGCCAGAGAUCCCAAAGCUGGGAUUGUGGAGGAUGAGGUGGAUCUCCCUGUCCAAGGGAAAGCCCAGAAGACCCCAUCAGAACACCCCAGGGCCCCAAGAGAGAGACCUAAUAGAGGGCAAGGAGUAAAGUCCACAGUGGCUGAAGACGAAGAGCGGCCCUUCCGCUGUGCCCAGUGUGGACGUGCCUACCGCCAUGCUGGUAGCCUGCUGAACCACCAGAAGGCUCACACCACUGGACUCUAUCCCUGCUCCCUCUGCCCCAAGCUUCUGCCUAACCUGCUGUCCCUUAAGAACCAUGGCAGGACCCACACGGACCCCAAGCGCCACCGCUGCAGCAUCUGUGGCAAGGCCUUCCGGACAGCUGCCCGGCUGGAGGGCCAUGGGCGAGUCCAUGCACCCCGGGAAGGGCCCUUCACCUGCCCCCAUUGUCCCCGCCACUUCCGCCGCCGCAUCAGCUUCCUGCAGCACCGGCAGCAGCACCAGGAGGAAUGGACAGUGGCUAGCUCUGGCCUGACCCAGACCCAAGGAAUACCCAGGCCCCACGUGCCCAGAGCUUACCAGGCUGAGCUGCUUGAAGACCUAGGAAGAGAGAGACUCGGGUGAGACCUGGGCGAGCCUUACCUGCCUGGCCCAGCGUUGGUGGAGGGGACAGGUUUGGGGGGACGGGCUCUGGGUCCUUGCCUAUGACUCUGUGGCUACCUCACCAGCCCCUCCCAGAAUGAAAAUAUUUAUAUGAGAUUAAGAAACAGCUUUUAUUGGAAACUAUUCACAGCAUACACUCAGUAAUUAAUUCUCCCUCAACUGUACUCAGCACUCCUGGGCCUGAGGAGCACGGCCUGGGGUUCAGCUUGGGACCAGGCCAACCCUCCUCCAGGCUUCAGAACCCCCAACUUCUGCCCCUGCCCUGAGUCGGGGGGGCGGCCUGUGUAUGUGGAGAGUAUUAGCUUAAUUGUGCCCUCAGCCAUGGAGGCCUAAGAAGAAGGAUUAGAAGCCUGCGUCAUGUCCAAGUAGGGGAGGGCUCCAAGAGACUGAGACGCACCCCACCUCUGUUCUGGCGACUCAGACUCCCCCACCUUUCCAGAAACUCUACUGGAGGGUCUCCUGCCCUGCCUCUUCCCCAUCACGGGCACACAAACACACCCAUUGUACAUCUGAGCCAGGAAAGAUGGGACAUGUGUAAAGAUGGGGAGAGUGAGGCCAAAGGGCCCCACAACUUGCCUAGAGUCAUUCUGGAGGUAGAGAGGCAGACAGGGCAGAGGGUACACACACAGACACAAUGACAGUUUCUGUAGACGUAGACUGUAAUCUAGCCUAAGAAAAUCACACCCAUUUUGACACAGGUGGCUGCAUACACCUCCCCACACACACAGCCACACUCAGUUAUAUUGCCACAGGCAGACUGUCCCCUCACAGACACCAAGCUGCAGGGGCUGCUCGGGCAGAGGGUGGCCCCUAAACUCCCACCAUACCACUCCCACCCGCUCAAACACAGAUGGCUCACCCUCUGUGAGGACCACCGCUCCCA